AUGGCGCCGAUAUCAAUGAUCCAUGGUAGGUCAGUAAACAUCAACAAUCCGACCAGUACGGCCGAUUACUUCGCCGCACAAUGGGUGAACCCAGGGGACAUAUUUUCUAUUCUGCUACUUCUUGGCCCUGAAGUCAUCCAACAAGCAGUGGCACAGCUUGCGGGACGUCAGAUCACACCGGUGGCAUUUUCGUUCGGCUGGGUCGCCUAUGCAAUAAAGGCUCUACUUUCAGCUGUUGGCGAUGGAAAGUUGAUGCCACCGAUAGAGAACACAAGCAUGUUGAUUAUCGCUGCUGAAAGUGGCCAUAGCCGGACAACGACCUCAUGGGUUCUUGGCAGACUACUUCGAGAUACAAGUGAUAGACUGGAUGAAGAGAUGAGUGGUGAAGCUCCUCACCCAAGGACAGGGAGCUGGGAUACCUGGACUCCGUCUUUCUGGAGAUCCACGUUGGGAUUGGAGUCAAAAGUCAAACAACCUUCGAAACCAUGGGAAGCGCUUCGAAUAGCAGUCUAUGAGGUUUUAGAUGACGAAAACGUUGAGCAUGGGUUGCCUGAGAGAGACUGUAUUUGGCUUUCAGGCUUUGUGGUGAUUCUCGCUCAAUUAAUCAUUGCAAUAAUUCCGUGGAUAGUCAAUAAAGAGUGGGGAACCUUCAUGGUGACUUGCUAUGGCAACAUUCUUGCCCUGUCAGAAGGUUCACUGCCUCAGUGGAGGCGUGAGAAAUGGGCUUGUCCACGGAAAGGUAGCCCGACUAUCAUACUCACCGAAGGAAACGGCAGCCGCUUUGCUAUGGUUAUUCUAGGUAAAAAGAAUGUUGGUUUGAGUCUCGAGAUUUUAGCUCGCGGGACCAGAACUGCACCGGCGUCUCUAUUUACGAGGCUGGCUACAUCAUUCUUCGCCUUGAAUUGGAUUAUUCUUCUAAUACUAGCGACUGGCUUAAAGAUAGAUACCUGGUAUAUUCUUGCAAUUGGAGCACUUGGUAGUAUCCAUAAUAUUACUUGCGCCGCACGACCACGAAGCCCAGGUGCUCUUGGCAUUCAUAUUCGAGAAACUGGAAAGAUGAUAUGCGGAAGUCGUGUAGCAGAUGCUUUGAAAACUGCAGAGGAGCUCUAUCCCGGAGUUGGACUAUCUCUUGUCCCUGUAUUCUUCCCAGGGUCAAUGCGCAUUCAUGAGGCUGAGUUUGACUUUUGGAGGACAGCUCAGGAUCAGGUCAUGGCUCCCAAUCGAUGGGGCACACGUAUCGAUAGCCUGCCUCCUCUUAUAUCUGUCAAAUGUGGCUCAACGGGAUCUGGGAAAUAG